AUGUCAACAACGCAGUACCAGGUUCUCGAGGAACUUGGAAGUGGAAGUUUUGGCGUCGUCUACAAAGCCAUUGAGAGAGCAACGGGAGAGAUUUGCGCAAUCAAAUUGAUUGAUUUGGAGUCGAGUGAAGAUGACAUACAGGAAAUUCAACAAGAGAUAUCAGUUCUCAGUACCUGCGCCAGUCCUUACGUUACUCAAUACAAAGGCAGUUUUCUACGAGGCCAUAAACUAUGGAUUGUUAUGGAGUUUCUGGGAGGAGGGUCGUGUUUGGACUUGCUGAAACCGGCUCCAUUUCACGAAGCCCAUAUUGCGAUUGUUUGUCGAGAGAUCUUGUUAGGUCUCGAGUAUCUUCAUCAAGAGGGAAAGAUACAUAGAGAUAUAAAGGCAGCAAACAUAUUACUAUCGACUGCGGGCAAGGUUAAGCUGGCAGAUUUUGGAGUUGCAGCACAGCUCACGAAUAUCAAAUCACAAAGAAAUACUUUCGUCGGCACCCCAUUCUGGAUGGCGCCAGAAGUGAUUCAGCAAGCAGGAUACGAUUUCAAAGCAGACAUUUGGUCUCUGGGAAUCACCGCAAUAGAGAUGGUUAAUGGAGAACCACCACAUGCUUCGAUACAUCCAAUGAAGGUUCUAUUUCAGAUACCUAAAGCACCGGCACCAAGAUUAGAAGGCUCGAAUUACAGCAAGGACUUUAAGGAUUUUGUGGCACAAUGUUUGGUCAAGGAUUGUGAUCGAAGACCUUCGGCAAAGGAAUUGUUGAAGCAUAAGUUCAUACGCUCUGCAGGAAAAGUUGAGGCUUUGCAAGAGUUGGUGGAGAGAAGACAGGAGUGGGACGGAUCAAGGACUCGGCCUUCGCAUCCUAAAUUCUAUGAGGAAACACUCAAUACAAUGACUCCAAAAUAUGAGCCUGAUGGAUGGGUCUUUGAUACAGUCAAGGCUUCUACGAUUACUGUAGCACCAUCACGAAAAAAUGGAAGCAAGAGAAGAAAGCUUUCUGCCAUCCAUGCAAAUGGCCAGGGUAGUCAAGCUCCUCCUGAGGAGGCUUUCAAGAAACUAGAUCUCAAGGAUUCACCUUUAGAGUAUUCUUCACCCCCGUCACUUUCGUCUGAUAGAGGCACCGUCAGAAGACAACCACCAGCGAUGCAGCACUCUUCACCAACCAGGCCACGGGGUGACAGUACACAAAGUCAAACUGGUACAACCAGGCGACCUCCACUAGCACCAGACAUGAGUUUUGGAAAUACUGGUUCAACAGUCCGAUUGUUCCGCCGAGUAUCAAAUAACUCAACGUCGUCAUCUCGACCAAGCAGCCCCGAGGAUUCAGCCGACAUACCAUUUCAUCAGGGUGAUGAAAACAGAGCACUUGUGCAAGUAGCAGAAGCGAAUACAAAAGAAGCAUACCUUGGUCGUCGUGCAUAUACAAAAAUCGUUGACCCAGUAUUCCAAGAAAUGCAUGCACAAACAGGAGAUCAAGCCAAAAGACAAGCACUGUCUCGUUUAGCCGAUGCUUGGGCUGCCCUUGACGCUGUUGAUCCAGAGGGCGAAUAUCAUCUCCUCAAGCUCUUGAUAGACAAAGUAGAGCAAGAACCCAAAAUCGCCUCUCACAUGUCCCCAAGCAAAGCUUUGGUCCUUCGAGACGGAAUACCUCAAGGAUCUCCCCAAAAAGGCGCAAAUGGAAAACUAGUAUUAGCGACGAGUAACCCACACCUUAAAAGUCACCGUCGUCGGCGAUCCAGUGCAAUGCCCGAGGUAGAUGCAAAGGAAAAAUCAAAUCUACCAGGUCAAAUAGUGCCAGGAAUGGAACAUACAAAACAGCUUGCUGAUGUACUUUAUGCGCGAUGGGCAGAAGGAUUAGGAAAAAAGUUUCCGGUGGUUUAA